CAUGUAGUGACGUCACUCUGCAUCACGCUGAGAGAGCAGCUGAGGAGGAAAUAUAGGACAACAGGAGGAGGAAGAGGAGGAGGAGGUCUGCAGCAAAGCCUGAAACCACAGAGAGCGGUUCAGAGAUGAGCAGAUCUGCAUCAGCUCCACAAGGAUGAAGGGGCUGCAGCGGCUCUCUCUACCCGGAGCGUGAGGACCCUUCCUGGGCUCCAUCUGCCUCAUUUUCUCCCCUCCCCACCCCUCUGGAGCUCUGACCCCCGAUCUCUAUAGCUUCCCAUCCAUCAGAGGAAACAUGGAUGCCUUCCGGCUGCCGCCUGUCAUCGAGGAGGUCCUCGACCCAUCCGAUGAGCUCAGUGAGCUGAAGGAGGAGAAGCCCAUCAUGCUGGCAGAUACCCUCACAGCCAAAGAGAGGGAGUCCCUUGAGGAGAAGGAGGAGACAGGGGGAGAAGGAGAGAAGGGGCAGGAGGAGGAGGAGAAGGAGGUGAAGGAGGAGAAGUCUGAGGAUGAGGAGGAAGGCGACGAUAAAGGUCAAGAAGAGGAACUGGAGGAGCUGAAGGCUCAGGUGUUGCAGCUGCUGCUGGAGCUGGAGGAAACACGGGAGGUGUCUCAGAGACAUGAGGAGAGCUUCAUGGAGCUGCAAGGUCUGUUAGAGGAGGAGCGGCUGGCCAGCGCCCACCAGGCCGAGAGCUUCACCCGGCAGAUCCAAAGGCUGCAAGCCCAGCUGCGUUCAGUUCAGGAGGAGAUGGACAGUCUGGAGGAGGAGAAGGAAAGUGAGCUGGAGGAGGUGCAGCAGGAGCUACGCUCAGCUCAAGAGGAGGUGCUAAUGCUGCAGCAGGCAGCCGAGGAGGCAGCAGCAGAGAGAGAGAAUGAUAUUGCCUCCCUUCAGGAAGAGCUAUGCCGUCUGAGGGCGGAGCUACAGCGUCUGCAUGCCACAACAGCUGAGUACGAACUUGAGGUGACAACACUGAGAGCCGAGCUGAGCAUGAAGAGCCACAGCACACUGACACAAGGUGAGGUGACUCAGCUGCAGGACGAGUUCAACUCUCUGACAGACCAAUGUCAGAAUCUGACUAGUGACAACAAACAGCUGAACAACAAGGUGGAGGAACUGCAACAACAACGAGACGCGUGUGAUGACGUGUACCUGGCAGUCAGAGUGGAGGGCAGUACUGAACAUGAAAAGGACAACCAGGUGAAGGCGGACUCUUACAUCACGGUGUUCCAGUCCAGACCUGAGCAGAAGGACUCAUCUGAUAUACAGGAGGAGAUCAGCAUCCUGAAGAUCAAACUGAGACAAGCUGAGGAGACAGCGCAGAAGGUCCAGAGAGAGUGUGAAGGUUUGAAAGGUGAGCUGGCCGAGCUUCAGCAGCUAUAUGACUGCAGCCAGCGGGAGCGAGCAGCACUCGAACAGGAGCUGCAGCGCUGCAAGACUGAACUACAGAAACUGGUGGGCAGGAAGUCACAGAACUGCACUCGCCAGUCUGAGCCCCCUGUUCUCUCCAUCCCCUUCAUAGGAAUGAUUGUAAUAGUGGCCUUGAUUUGGUGCUGGUGGGAGGAGCUGGCGUCUUAGAUGGGACCAGCGCGACUGUGAAGGCUGGAACCUGGCAGUGGUGGCAGUCGCCGUGGCAGCCAUUGCUGUUCUGGUUGUCCCUAGUUUCACCAGGGCUUGAGGAGUACACAGGAAGCGACCUCACGGUGAACUGUAGGAUUGUGGGAUUGCCGUCAUCCAUCCAGUGCUGCCCUCAUACAUGUGACCAUCCUGAUGUCUGCUCGUUGCAUCUCCACAACACUUUGACCCAAACACCACAGACGUCAGUGAGUGCUGGAGGGGAAAGCAAUAGGAAUUCACGACAUCGUCCAAUAUGACUCUUUACUCUUCCUGCAGGUCAGCACUGUGCAGAUGGUCAAGCGGUUGAUUUAUUGAUUACUCACCAUCAGAGUUCAAGAGUUGAACAGAAUAUCUCAUUUUGUUGUAUCUUCCAGAAGUACCAGAAGUAGCUUGUCAUGAAGUUUGUGAAGAAAAUGGACUAAGUUUCACUGUCGUGUUAGUGGGUGCUACGUAUAUUUAAAAAAAAAUGUCCCUACAUUCAGUGUUAAAAUGGAAAAUAUAAACUCAUGGGGUGAAAUGAUCUAAUUAACUUACUGAUAAAACAUGUUUACUUACUUUAAUAGUUUUGGUGUUUAUUCAUUAAAAUUAGAUUUGAUCAAACAGCAGUCCAAAACAAAAGGGUCGUUAAUUUAAAGACACCCCACUGAAAAAGUAGCAAACUAUUAAUUUAAAAAUGACUUGAGUUAUUAUAUUUUCCUUCAGCUUUAAAAUUCUUUGCCUUAUUUCUGUCCUGCUGAGUUUAAGGAGUACUUUGCACUUACUGAUAAAGGAGAAAACAGUAGCAGAUAAAACUUGAUUGUUUAGUGUUUCAAAUACUUCCUUCCUUCUUCAUGUUGUACAUUAUCUGAUUAUGUAUUUGUCAGAAACUUAACGUUGAUUAACUUUAAUCAGCGUUAAGUUUCAGCAGGUCUGGUUUGUAGCAUGAAACACCGGGAAUAGCUUUAUUUUACCUUCCUCACUCCUUAUAAUCAGUUUACAUGUCUGGAUUUCUGUUUUUUAAAUGUGUAGUAUGACUAUAUAAAAGUAAAAUAGCACUUUAAAAAAAGAUAUUUGCUAAAGCUCAUUUCUAAAGAGAGAUAAUUUCUGUGGACUGAUUACACUGUGUUUAGAUUCAGAUUGUGCCAGAGUUGUUAUCAUUUUGCACAGUUAGGUGUAGCAGAUGGUUUUUAUUGAUUUAUUUAUUGAUUUAUUUUUGAACACACUUUCCUCCUCUGGAAUAAGGCUGGGGGAUUUUUUGUUGUUGAUUUUUAGCAUGUUGUAGAAAAUUUGAUUAAAAUCAAAACACAGAGCAAAUGCUGGUGUUACUUAACAUGCAACUUUCAGAUUUGCGUAUGCAGAUGACACUUUAUUUUUAAGAAGAGCAGAGUUUGAUCAAAAUGUAAUCUCCAAAAGUUGAAUCUGUUCAUCUGGACGUAGCGUUCAACUUUUGGAGAUUUACUUUCCUGGAUGAUUGAGAAUGCAUCAAGACAUCAAAAUGUAAUGAACUGAAAACUAAUAAUGAUUAAACAGCAAAUUACAUUCUUACUAAAAAAGUCCAAAUUUUAUGUAUGCAGAUGAUACAUUAUUUUACUUCUAACAGUUGAGCACAAACCAGCAAAAUGAGUUUCAUGAAAAUUUGAUCAAUUGAAAACUGAUAGCAGUUAAGCACAUAUGCAGCUCUAAUCAAAUAAGUGGACGACAGCGCAUUUUCUUCAACUUCUUAUCACUUUUAAAAGUUAAAAUUAAACUUAUUGUCACGUUCUUAAAGAACAGCUAUUAAGAAAAGGUUGGGUGGGAGGAGCGAUAUCUAUUUACAAAUAAUAAUGGAAGAGGACCAGAAAUUAUGCCAUGUAGUGGAAGACCUUUCACUAAACUCAGUGACAAUGAUAAGGACACAAAGUUUUAUUUAGAUUCCAACAGUGAAUAUUUCAGGGUAUGUGGAACACCACGAGGUUUAUUUGUUGUUGUUUUUUUUGGUUUUUUCUUCUGUAGAAAAUAAAAACUGGGAUGGAUCUUGUCUGAAAGGGGCGUCAAAAAUUCACUAUUUAAUGUAAAACCCCAAAGAGAAGUCUAUAUCUGCGUUUUGGUUGAUCAGACCUCUCAGAUGCCUCAGAUCAUCCUUCUUUGUUACACGCAAGACUAAACACAUUUUUUUCUGUAAGCUUUUGAAUCUUUUUACUGUGGGAGAUACCCAAAUACAUAUCUUUUUGUUUUUGCACAUAGACACAUUUCAAACUUUAUGGUUCCUAAGUUACGUUUACAUUUAAAUGGAGACCAAAUAAUCCUAGAAAAUAAGAAUAAGCUGUUCAGAUGACUGUGAUCCUUUUCAGGGUGGAAUCAGGUACUUCUGUCAAACUUGAUUCAGUAAGAUAACAACUAGCUCAGACAUUCCAGUUUAUUUACAACAUAUGGCACUGCAAAUGAAGAUUGAACUGUGACACGUGUACGUGACUGAAGAUAUUAACAGCACUAAUUUGAUAAAGCAGGCCUUUAACAAACUGUGGGAAUUUAAAAUUAAUAAAGGCUUAUUAAAAUUAUUUAUUUAGUGUUGGAGAAACACGAUUAAAUCCGAAGUUUGAUCAGGCUGUUAUACUGCAUUGUUUAAAACAACUAGACGCAUGUGCUGUUAGGCGCUCCUAUAAGCAUUUUGCAUGACAAACACGUGUAGCCUUUAAAGACACUUGCUACAGGAAAGACAUAUUUUACACAUUUAACUGAUGUUGUGAAGUUUUCUUAGUAAUAUGUGUAGGCCAGCUCUCAGCAGAAAAAUAAUAAUAAUAUAUAUGAAAAGUUAGUCAUCAAAGUAAAGACUUAAUUGCCACACAACUUUCACGUGGUAACUUUUUUAAAUGCACUUAUUUACUAAAAUAAAAGGUAUGAAAGCCCAUUACUGCCAGAAAAGUGAAACCAGUUAGGAACAAUAUUAUCUCAUUAAUGUCACCAGUUAAGUCAACAUUAAUGAGAUAAUAAGACAGAUGUUGAGUUGCACAUUAUUCAAUCAUUUUGAUCAGUGAGUUUCAACUAAUUUUAUCUGAUAUUUUAGAAUAUAAAAUACUAAUAAUUAUAACCUAUAUUUGACCUGCUAGUGUUUUAGGUAUUUCCUGGGCUUGAAUCUGGUUUUGUUGUGUAUCAGGGCUCUCGCUGUCUUUAGUGUUGUCUUUGUUGGUCUUGUGUUAAAAAUGUGUGUUAAAUGUAAUUUAUUCGAGACUUCCACAACCUCACCUGGCACUGAAUCAAUUCCUCCAGAAUGUUUUUAAAUCUGUGUUUUACUGUGAAUACAAACUCGAUCCUAUUUUUUUAUCAUUAUGUCAGUAAAAUUACAAAAAUCUUCCUAAAAGCUGCAUGCCGGUGUUCCUCUGUACCGUCUUGGUAUCUUUGUUUUUGAUCAGUGCUUUGUUCUGAUUUUUCUUCCACUCGAUUUCUUCUUUGUUCUGUUUUAAAGUGCAUAAUUUUCCUACAGCUUCUGUGAUAAUAGGUAUGUGAUAGUUCGUCAGAUGUUUGCAAAUUUAGCAUUAGGAAAAGUCUGGGGGUGGACUGAUUAUUGGUUUCCUGAUACAUUAAUAUACAGCAGCACAACUCAGACUGUUUGUCCAUUACGCAGAAAUCACAUCUGAAUUUAUAGAACAAUUUAAAAAACUUUCUUACAUCUAUUGUGUGAAUAUGGAUUUACUUUGGAAAUUUCUCAAACAUCUGAGCUUCCUGUUAGGCCACCAAAUCUCCUCUGAUGGUUCUCGUAUGUCUGUGUUGGAGUUAUCUUGACAAAAGUCACAAUAAUAUCAUCAAAAUACAAAAUGUGUCAGUUUAUCUGCUGGGUUUCUGCCACAGUAACUUGCACUUGAUGUCAAUUUCUGGAGGUCUUUGAUAUUUUUUAUGUACUUCUGAAAACAGAACAAGUACUUAUCUGAGCCUUUUGUUCUCUUUUCACAAAAUGAAAAUGUAAAAGUCAAAAGGCGUAUUUUGUUUUAUCAGUGAUAUCCUGAAUCCGUCCAUCCUUAGCACAGUCCUGACAAACGUUAGCUCCCAGUAGGUAUCUCCAUCCUGCAUGUUAGGUUUAGAGGAAUAGUGACUUUGCAUGAAAUUAGAAAAGUAGAUGUAGCCGCUGUAGCAGCUUCAGCCAAGCUGUAGCAUGAGCGCUAAAAUCCAAUUCUUCCAUUAGCCGAUGCAGACUGUGUUAUUAGCCAAUUGUUUUUAUGGUGGAUUUUAGUUUCAUCUGGGUUUAACCAAGCUGAGCAUGAACACUGGAACCAUGGGAGCACCUGAACAUCUACAUGAUGAUUUGAUGAUUAAACAUGAUGAAGUUUAUGUGGCACACAGCUAAAGACAUCACCGUCACUGAACUAGUUUAACUUAUAGAACUACAAACACUUAAACCCAACAUGUUUUCCUGCUGGUUUCUAAGUGGUGUUGUGUCGCGCAGCUGUGUUUAAUAGAAAUAGGUUAUUAUAAUAUUAAACUGCUAUCAGGAGCAGCUAGUUCAUUGAUAUUUAGCCUAAUUUAGUACAAGUCAGUGUAGCUGCUGAAAUACUAGCAUGUUUUACUACCUAAGUGAUAUUUUAGUUGUUAUUAACCACUGCCAGCAUUACGCUAGUUUCUUCUAGUACUGACAGGUAUUAUUGUAGUUUUUUGUAACUGGUGUUUAUAAAACUAGCUUAGCCUAGCUUAACAUAUGUUAGCCAGCAUAACUAAAGAUAGCAUGCUAAAUGUUUUUCCAUAUUUUGGUAGUUAUUUGGUAGUUAACAAUAGAUGUAUUCAACAUCAUGCUAGUUGGUAUAAAAAUGAAUGUUAUGGUUUGUUGUUUUGUUUUGUUGGGGGGGGUAACAAGUGUGUAGAUGUUUAAACGUGAUUAGCCAAGCUCAACGUUGAUUAGGAUGUUAAACAUAGGGGAGAAACUGCCAAUGAGAUAAAAAAAAAAAAAAAAAAUACAGGAGAAACUGAUAGCUAUCAGUUUCCCCCUGAGUUCCAGCCGUUUUGCAAAGCUAGGUUCAUCCUGGAUGUGUACUUAGACAACGGUGAAACUGAACCAUCAGAAAAGAUUUUAAAAUGUCUGACUGUUUAAACUCCUCAGAUUUCACUGCUGAUUGUGCGUCAGGUGUUACUGUCAAAUAUCAGGUGUGCUGUAUGAACUCUGCUUUUACUUUGGUGUCCUGAAUCAGAGCCGCAAAAAAGCGGCACGUCACUGUCAUCUGGCUGCUGUUUCUCUUCUUUGUUUUUGAUCUCUGUUCUUGAUGUUUUUGCACCAUGCUAACAUCUGUCUGGGACUGUGUUUUAUGUUUGGUUUUGUAAAUGAUCUAAUACAAAUAAACAAAGUUUUCCUUGUCUU